GUCCGUCGCCUCCGCCCCACCUUCUCCCGCGCUCCCCGCUAGCCCAUUGGCGGGGACUACUACCGCCGGCGCUGCCUCCAUGGCGACGCUGCGGACGGGCAGUCGAAGAUGGCCGCCGAGCCGGGCGAUGGGCGCCUCUGGCCGUGCCGCUCUUGGCGGCCGCUGCUGGCAGCUUUUACCGCCGCGCUGCUGUUGCUGCCGCUUCUGGGCUGCGGCCGUGUCGCCGCCCUUCCUCCAUCCUCUUCCUCGUCCUGUCACCACCGCGUGCCCAGCGGCGAGGAGGUUGUCUACCAAGUCCCUCUAAAGGAAAAUCAUGUCUUGAAGAGAAACGUGGAUCAGCAGCUAAGAAUUAACAUCACCUAUGACAGAAGUGUUGAGGAUUUGCUACCUGAGAAAAGACACCUUAUAAAGAGCAAACUUUUUCCACAAGCUAUAUCUUAUUUGGAGAAGACAUUUCAAGUGCGCAAAUCCACGGGUACUAUAUUACUAAGCAGGCAGUGUGCCACAAACCAAUACUUAAGGAGGAAAGCGGAUCCUCACAGAUACUGCCGAGGAGCCUGUGCAGACCACACAAGGUGUGGGCCAGUUAUAGUUCCUGUGAAACAUCUCCAGCAAUGCAGGGUGUGCAGUGAAAAUGAAUGGCACUGUGGGCCCACUGGCUUACCUGACCAAGAAGGGGUUCGAGACGCUGACUUUGUACUUUACGUUAGUGCUCUCACUACUGAAAGGUGUGGCCAUGAAAAUAUCAUUGCAUAUGCAGCCUACUGCCAACUGGAAGCUGAAAUGGACAGGCCAAUAGCAGGAUAUGCUAACUUGUGUCCAAAUAUGAUUUCAACACAAUCUCAGGAGUUCGUUGGCAUGUUAUCUACAGUGAAACAUGAGAUUAUCCAUGCACUGGGUUUCUCUGCUGGACUGUUUGCAUUUUAUCGUAAUGAUGAUGGAAAACCUCUGACAGCAAGAUAUGCGGAUGGACUCCCUCCUUUUAAUGAAAGUCUAGGUUUGUAUCAGUGGAGCAAUAAAGUCGUUCAUAAAGCAGUGAGGUUAUGGGACAUACGUGGGGGAAAAAUGCUGCGCCAUACUGUUUAUCUUCUGAUAACACCUCGUGUAGUUGAAGAAGCUCGAAAACAUUUUAAUUGUCCAAUUCUAGAGGGAAUGGAGCUUGAAAAUCAAGGUGGCAUGGGUACCGAGCUCAAUCACUGGGAAAAAAGAUUGUUGGAGAAUGAAGCAAUGACUGGAUCCCAUACGCAGAAUCGAGUGUUUUCCAGGAUCACCUUAGCCUUAAUGGAAGAUACAGGCUGGUAUAAAGCAAAUUACAGCAUGGCAGAGAAACUAGAGUGGGGACGCAAUAAAGGCUGUGACUUUGUGAUGAAGAGCUGUAAAUUCUGGAUUGACCAAAAGAGACAGAAGAGGCAAUUGAUCAGUCCAUACUGUGACACUUUGAGGAGUAAUCCUUUGCAGCUAACCUGCAGGCAGGACCAAAGAGCAGUAGCAGUGUGCAACUUACAGAAGUUUCCAAAGCAGUUACCUCAGGAAUAUCAGUAUUUUGACAGUCUUGAUGGAGUACCAGCAGAAGAGUUGCCUUAUUAUGGUGGCUCAGUAGAAAUUGCUGACUAUUGUCCCUUUAGUCAAGAAUUCAGUUGGCAUUUAAGUGGUGAAUUUCAACGCAGCUCAGACUGUAGAAUAAUUGAAAACCAACCAGAUCCUACCAAAAACUAUGGUGCAGAGAAGUAUGGACCAAACUCUGUAUGUCUGAUUCAGAAAUCUGCUUUUGUCAUGGAACAGUGCAGGAGGAAACUCAGUUACCCUGACUGGGGUAGUGGAUGUUACCAAGUUUCUUGUUCUCCACAAGGGCUGCAUGUGUGGGUCAAGGACACGGUGUACUUGUGCAGCCGCUCAGGUCAGGUGUUAACUGUGAGCAUUCAGAUGAAUGGCUGGGUACACGUUGGAAAUCUGAUUUGUCCAGCCUGUUCAGACUUCUGUGACUCCUGUCCCCCAGAGCGGGAUCCUCCAGCUUCUAAUUUAACAAGAACUGCACCAAUUGACUUAUGCUCCUGCUCAUCUGGCCUGGUUGUAACCCUUUGGCUGUUGAUGGCUAAUUUAAUUCCCCUGCUAACAGGAUUAUUUCUCUGCGCAUAGAGUUAAGCAUGGGGCAAGAAGCUCUUCCAAGAUGAUACAUCAUCAUGUUGCACUCCUUAUUAUGGAGCAUGGAGGUUUUUUGUCUCUGUAGGCAGCUGUCUUCUGCUGAAACUCAUCUCUCCUGGCAAGUAUCGGUGCAGACAGUAGCCAUGGAGGUGCUGACAAAAGCAGAUAGGGUCUGAGAGGAGAAAAAUUUACCUUGUCGUCUCAAUAAGUGCCAGUAUUUUCCUGGAUUGCAGCCUUUGACUUACCUUUUUUUUGAGGCAGUAACAAGAUGCACUAUGCCAACCGCAUUACACUAGCUGGCAAUUCGGUCAAGAUUUGAAACAAGAACUCUUCUGUUAUAGAACUGAGGGUUUGGGGUUUUUUUGUUAUGACCUCUGUGUGACGGGCAGCAAAGCAUCCUCAACUAGAAAUAUACCUCAACGGUUUAGUCAAAAGCCAUGUAAAAAUCAAUUGUCACCACUGCUAAUAACCCAGGCCUGAACAGGUGUGGGGAUUUAUUUUGUGGUUUUGCCAAUUUCUACAAAUUAUGGUGGGAAGAAAUAAUUUAAUAGAGUAGACCUAGUGGUUGGCAACUGUCCCACAACUGGAUUCUGCAGCCUUGAGGCUUCUCAGAAUUCAUACUAGUUUGCAGUGAAGCGGCUAAUUCUUGGGGUUCACUUAAACCUUCCUAGGUGCACAAAGCAGAAUUUCAGACUGGUAACCAAGACAAAUCUGGAAAUCCCAUUCUCAUUUAGUAUGUGCCAGUUCUACUGUGAAAUCGAAUACAUCAGAUGUUUGAAUAUUCUCUUGCUAGGCAAAGGCAUUUCAGCGCUGACACCCAAUCUGUAAAAUUGGGGUAGGAUUUCUGGUUGUUUUUCAUUUUGUUGGUUUGUUUCUUAAAUAAUGGCAUUUUUUUUCUUUUAAGUUGUAUGAACAUCAGCGCAGCUGUUCUUACUUUUUGUUGAAGGGCAAACGAGUAGCAAUGGCAGCUAUAAUCUUACAGGACCAUGUGAGUUCUCUAAAACAAAAAUGGUAUUGCGUAUGUAAAGAAAUAUGUCUUUAGCUUUU